AGUCAAAAUGUACUUCAACAUAAAUCCUGUCCUCAUUCAUUGAUAAAUUCUCUUUGUACAAUGACAACAUUAUGUCUAUAUACAUUUUUAACUUUUCCUCACUAUUCAUCACCCUCUCUCUCUUUUAUCUCAUCACAAACACACAUAUAUAAUAUAAACAACAACAAUUUGAUGUUUUGUAUACAUAAAAAUACCUUUAAGGUUUUUUUUUCUUCCCUUAAAUAUAUAGGUUUGGUAUGUUAAUGAAGUAAUGAACAUCACAAAAGUUUAAGAUAAGAGAACCAACCAUGUACCAACAUUGGUCAAAGAUGUAUGGAACUCAAUGGGAAUCCUACAUAGGAAUUAGCAACCUAGUUAAGGUUGUUGGGUCAGACCAAAUUGUUGGAUCAGAACAGAUGAGUUUUGAGCCAAUCAAAUCACCCUGCAACAACAUUGUCACUACAAAUUUUCAAGGUCAAACACCCCAUGAGGGUUUUGGUGCAGUGAGUGUAGCCAAAAUCAAAAACCAUGGUAGUUUUCAAGCUGAAGAAUAUUAUGAUGAGGAUGAGAUUGAAGUUCCUGGUUGGUGUUUUGAUCAGUUUCCAAAGAUAACAGACCCUCCAAUGCUGAAUUGUCAAGCCCAUGGAGGAGAUAAUUUUACAAACUCCUUGUACUCUGUUGAUGAAUCUUUGUUGUCUAACAGUGCAGAUAGUCACAAUUCUUCUGAAGAAGAAUAUAGUAAUUUUCAAUCUGGAAAUAUGUCAUUUUAUGACCACUUUCCAAAAAAACAUAAUGAAUUGUUUAGGAAUGAUGCUUCCAUUGAUGAGAAUCCCCUUGAAAUUUCCUUUCAGAGAACUAAGUCAGGCUCAUCUACAAAAUCACAAAAGCAGACUCCUCAACUUUAUGGAAUGUGUGCCACUUCUAACAGGAAAGCUCCAACAUGUAAAAGAAGAGUAAGAUGGACAGAGGAUCUGCAUGAAUCAUUCAUGAUCAUCGUUGAUCACCUUGGUGGUCCAGAAAAGGCAAAGCCUAAGGCUAUACUAGAUAUGAUGAAAUCAAAUUUGCUAUCCAUUUCCCAUGUUAAAAGUCAUUUGCAGAAAUGUCGAUCUACAAUACGCGUCGGCGUGCAUAAAGCUUUGCAGGAAAAACCCGAGGAAGGACAUAGAACAGAUAGAGUCGCAGAUCUUCAACUCAAAAUCAGCCUUAAGCAAAUUGAGGAAUCACAGCAGUUACAUCUAGAGGUUCGAAAAAGUAUUUCGCAACAGUUAGAGACACAAAGAAAGUUGCAAACACUAAUUGAACAACAUGGCAACAAGCUCAAACUAAUGCAAAAAGAAAGAACCAACCAAAGAAAAUCAUGGACACAACGAGAAAGAACAGUUCCCAAAUAACAGGUCAAUUGUUUAAGGCUACUCGAUUCUCCCAAUUUUUUCAUCCAGUAACAGAGCUUUGAUGCCAUCUAAGUUGACGAAAUGGAGCCUAUUUUCACAUUGGAUGACAAGAUCCAACAUCAUUACCUGCCAAGAACGAUUGAUAAUUUUUAUACAAAAUAUUGUGAUUCAAAUGCAUUAGAGCUUUUAAACAAAUGUGAACCAUGUAUGAUGUAUAUUACUGCAAGAAGAUGAUGAAUCAUUAGAAUAAUUAAUUAUGUUGUGGACAAUUGUGUUUAUCUUUCCACAAGUAAUUAAGCUUAUAAGUUUAAGGUGAAUAUGUACUUUGGUGGCUACUUCAAAAUGCAAUCAUAUGUGAUUUGAAUGGUGAAUGUCAAUAGGAAGGAGAUUCAUGAAUUGAUUA